AUGGGUCUUGAGGAUCGCUUUACCUGGCAAGACCUCGACGACAGCACUGUCCAGCUUGCAGACAAGUUGAACCCUGGAAAUGCGACCGCCGACACGUUUGACAUCAGUGAUUACCACAAGCGCUGUGGCAUGUUCCUUCAUCACGGGCUGUCAGAUGCGCCUGUUUCCCCGGAUACUAGCAUUUAUUACUACGACCAAGCCUCCAGUGCCGUAGAGCCCCAAGGUAUUGAAAUGAAUAAUCUUUAUUGUUUGUUUCUCAUCCCUGAAAUGGACGAUGAUGGCUUGGCCGAGAACGGUACUGCGCCCAAUGAACACGCCGCCACAAAGUGGGAGAACGAUGCGACGGCUGAUGAAAUCUUGCGCCAGCAUCCAAUCUGCCGCUACCUUGACCAGGCAAAGUAUAAUUGCAAGGGCAACCAGAAUGACGCGGGGAGUUGGACUUGCAGUAUGCUGUAUUAG